AUGAGUGACGAACAUUUCUAUGAAAUGAAAUCUGGUCAUGGUCUUUCACAUGAUCCAUUUAAAGCUAUUGUAGCUCCUCGACCUAUUGGAUGGAUAUCUACUCGAUCUGCCGAUGGUCACGUUAAUCUUGCUCCAUACUCAUUUUUUAAUGCAUUGGGAGAAAAUCCACAUAUUGUAGGUUUUUCAUCGACUGGUUAUAAAGACAGUGUUACUAAUGUUGAACAAACAAAAGAAUUUGUAUUUAAUUUAGCAACACGUGAAUUAGCAGAAAAAAUGAAUAUAACAUCAUAUGCAGCACCUUACGGAAUAAAUGAAAUGCAACUUGCUGGAUUAGAAGCAGUACCGAGUCGAUUAGUCAAUGUACCACGUGUAAGAGAUUCACCAGCUAAUUUUGAAUGUCGUCUUAUUUCCAUUACUCAUUUACAUGAUAUCGAUGGAAAACCUACUAAGAAUUAUUUAGUAUUAGGUCAAGUCGUUGGUGUACAUAUUCGACGAAAAUUUAUUACAUCUGAAGGUCUAUUUGAUACAGCUGCUGCAAAUCCUAUUGCUCGAUGUGGUUAUCUUGGUGACUAUGCAGAAGUUACACAUCUAUUUCAAAUGCGUCGGCCUGCAGAUGAUAAUGUCGAAUUACGGGAAGCCGUACAACAACUCACCAAAGAGGAUACAAACAAAACUUAA